AUGUGGCAGCCGGGUUACGGAGCUCAACCUGUUCGAAGCUCGUUAUGCGGCCUAUCAACUGGUUCAUGCUGGAGGCGAGGGAGGAAGAAGAAAGAGGAGGAGGAGGAGGACGAAGAGGAGGAGGAGGAGGACGAAGAGGAGGAGGACGAAGAGGAGGAGGAGGAGGACGAAGAGGAGGAGGAGGAGGACGAAGAGGAGGAGGAGGAGGACGAGGAGGACGAAGAGGAGGAGGACGAAGAGGAGGAGGACGAAGAGGAGGAGGACGAAGAGGAGGAGGAGGAAGAGGAGGAGGAGGAAGAGGAGGAGGAGAAAGAGGAGGAGGAGGAAGAGGAGGAGGAGCGCGCGGGCAGUCGGGCGUGCCGGCUGGUUGUUGGGAUCGGCCCACAGCGCGGCGGCGCAGCUGGCCCCCCGCGGCGCGGCGCGGCGCGGCCGGGCCUGGCCUGGCCUGGCGCGUCGGGCUGCCGCUGCUCGUGGGGAAGGUCGCGUGCUCAGCUGAGCGCCGAUAGCCCCGUGACGUCGAGGGCCACGCCGCGGGGCUCCGACCCCCGCGACCCUUCCCCCGCGGCGCGCCGCCGAUUUGCAAAUCGCACCAUUGCACGAGCGUUUCGGCCCGUUGCGCGAAUCUCGCACUGGGCCCUCGGCGGUGGCAUCGGCGGGCGGAAAGACACGGCCUGGUUUAAGUGGUUCAGCGAUCGCCAGGUCGCGGAAUACCUGGAAGUAAAGAGAAUGAGUUCUGAAGCAAAUGGCAGCGCUUCUACCCAAGGAGGAGAUAUGGCAUCCAAGGCCAAUAUGAGAGCUCCAGGACAAUUAGCUGCGGCAUCUGCCUCCUCUGGCGCUGCAGUCGGUGGUGCGGCAGCUACUACUCCGCAGCCAGAACCCUCUUCCAGGCAGAGCAACCUGCAAAGGAUCCAGCAGCGUAAGCAGCAAGUGUACAGCUGGCAGCACAACAAGAAAUUGCUCAAGUUGGCCAUCUACUCUGCUUGCCAGGCUGCCGACUGCAGGUGCAGUGGUUGGAAGACUGCUGCUCCCCCUGAGAAGCCUGCUCGUGCAGAUGUAGCCAGCUUCACAGACCCUUGCCGUAUCUGCACCCACUCUCUGAAGGAUCAUGUGAGCCACUUGGAACCGUUGACUGAAGAUGAAAUAAACCGGUUGCUUGGAAUGGUGGUGGAUGUGGAAAACAUUUACAUGAGCAUGCAUCGUGAAGAUGAUGUUGAAACUAGGAGAAUUUACAAUUUCCUUUACAAGUGUGAAAGUGUUGAUGUAAAUGUUGAGGCUGUUCCUAUUCUGUUGCAGCUCUUGAGGAAAUGUAUUUUCACCAAGGCAAAGCCAGUGGUCACAGGGCCUCUGGAGCAGCCUCCUUUUGAGAAACCAAACAUCGCAAAGGCCAUCACCAAUUUCGUUCUCUACAAAUUUGGACACCUUGCCCAACAAGAGUUUCAGACAAUGUAUGAUCUGGCUAAGAUGUUUGUCCAUUGUCUCAACCACUGGAAUUUUGAAACUCCCAGUGCUCGCCAGCAAGUGCUUACGCAAGUUGAACGUGAUGCAUACCAUAUUAAUUAUGCCAGAUGGCUAGUUUUUUGUCAUGUUCCUGCAUUCUGUGACUCAUUGUCACACUAUGAGACAACCCUGGUGUUUGGCCGUAAACUUCUGGCAGCUGUUUUCCAGUCUGUUCGGCGUCAACUUUUGGAUAAAUGUCAGAGUGAGCGUGAUCGCAUGCCUCCUGAGAAGAGAGUUCUGAUCCUCACGCACUUUCCCAGGUUCCUUAGCAUGUUGGAGGAGGAGAUUUAUUCAGCCAACUCCCCAAUUUGGGACCCAGAUUUCAAGCAGGCUCCUCCAGCACACCUAGUGGCAGCUGUAGAGGGGAAGGUGCCUGCUGCACGGAGGGCGGAUGCAGAGAACAAGGCAACUGCUGCUGGCGGGGCUUUAGGGGAACGGCCAGGCGCUCAUGGAAACACCAUUGGCAAGAAGCGGCUACGGGAGGGAGCAAGUGGAGAGAAAUCAACCGGAGAUGAGGUGGGAGCCAGCACCAAAGGCACUGAGAGUAAGAAGCGGCGCAUGGCUGACCCAGCUGAGGAUUUCUCUGAGGAGACAGUUGCUGAGAUCAUCGCAUCCAUCAAUGAAGCUAAAAAUGUGAAUGGAUCAGUGAUUGUGAAGAAGCGCAUUGAGAUGCGCCAGCAUGAAGUGCAAAAGGUGCGCCCUGGACUCACUUGCUUUCGAGAUGGGGUUAGGGGCAUUCCUAUUGAAAGUAUACCAGGCAUUCGAGACACUGGUUGGCGUCCUGCAGCUCGGAAUACUAGAGUAUCUCGCAUUACUGAGGAAUACAAUGACCCUGAGAAGCUUUUUACCACUCUGAAGAAUGUUCUCAAUACAAUAAAAAAUCACAGUGCUGCAUGGCCAUUUCUUGAACCAGUGAACAAGAAUGUAGUCCCUGACUACUAUGAUCACAUCAAAUACCCAAUGGAUCUGAAAACCAUGGGUGAACGCCUGAAGGCACGCUACUACAUCACACGCCGUCUCUUCAUUGCUGACAUGACUCGCAUUUUCAACAACUGCCGUCACUACAAUGGCCCAGACAAUGAGUACCACCGAUGCGCUGACACCUUGGAGAAGUACUUCCAGACUCACAUGAAGGAGCUGGGGCUAUGGGACAAGUGAGGGCGCGAGCCGUCCGGAGGGCCAUCAGAGGACCCUCCGGCCCCUGCUGCUGCUGCCGCUGCCGCUGCUGCUGUUGCUGUAAGCGCUGCGGCAGCAGAUGGAGAUGCAAUGCCAGUAGCUGUGGCAGCUGCAGCAGGGGGAGCAGGGACCAUUUGAAGGCCAAGGAAAUUUCAAAGUGGAAUUCUCCUCUUGUGAGUAUUCCUAGUACAGAGUCUGCUUUUUGCAUUGUCAUGUGUGUUCUGAUUCCUGAAAGCAAGUACACACAUCCCCUUUGAAUGUGAUGUGGGCCAGGGCUCUGUCAGAUGUUUGAUGUUGAUUGUAUUAAUCAAUUUGCAGUCUAAGAAGUGUUUUCUGUCUCAAGAAUAGACAUGUGCAAAGAUUUGUUUAUUGGAUGAUAAUUUAAAUUUUGUGAUGUCUAUACAGUUUGAGCAGUGCAUGAUUGACAUUUUGGAGACUGAAGAUUACAGUGGUAAAUUUCAUGUUCAUAAAUGGUUAAAGAAGUAAUACCAUAUCUCUAUGUAUGUAUAGAUUGUAAGCUUUGCGGAAUCACUUAAAAAUCAUUUGUGGAAUUAAGAAUAGUACAUUAUGUGUGUAUUUAAUGGCAUUGUGCAUCUUUGAAGUUGUGUUACCAGCAUUGAAGAUGUUAACCUUGAUAUUUUGAUGUUGAAAUGCUUUAAAAUAUGUAAACUGUUCUGCUUUUGGUUGUGAAGUCGCUUACGCUUUUGAAGUGGUACAGUAAUGCAGUAUUGUUUCCAAUGUUUACUGACUGUAAUAUUAAGUACUCACAAACCUAUGACCAUUAUAUUACUUUACUUCUGAAAACUAUUUUGUGCUAAGUGGAAUAUAUAAGCAAAUAAUUUUGCAGAUAGAAAAGAAACUUAGUAUUUCUUGAUUUAGUGAGCACUUCUUGAUGAAGAAAAUAUUAUACUAUUGUAUUGCCAAUACAGUAUAUUGUACAAGUGUCAUUUGUCGAGACCAACUUUAAACCAACUAAACUGGUUGGUUAGUUGAAUUUUGGUGAGAGACUAAAACUUAGAUGUUCAAAGUAAUUCUCUUGUGUAACUUACUACUUUAAGUAAGUUUGUAUGAGAGCUAUUUCACUAACAUCUGUAAUGUAAACUAUACAUUUGAAGACUGUAUUUCAAUGUUAAAGACUACUACUGCAAUUAUAUAAACACAACAAAUGGGUUACAAGUGGUAGACUUUCAUCAGUUGUUAGGAUAUGAGAUUUUAAGGGUCAGCCUUGUCGACACUAAAAAAAGUUAAGUUUAUUUUGCCACUUCAUUUAUUUAAACAAAGCUCUGAUUCUGGGGUGUUGUUGAACAAUUGUAUAUGAUCUGAGGUCUUUGACAGAUAGUUUGAUUUUGUUCUCUCUCAUUAUUAUGGUAAUCUUGAAAAGGCACGAAAGAUUUUUACCAAAGAGGCAGCAUUUGUUGAUGCUGGCAUUUAUUGUAGGUUAUUUCAGUGUAGAUACGAGAGU